CGUGUAUUUUUAUCGUUUCAGACGCAAUUUAAGUUUGGCUGUUCUGCGAGGAGAAGUGUACGCCAUUGGCGGUUGCGAUGGUCGUCUAGAUCACAAAACGGCGGAACGAUACGAAUGCAAGACAAACCAGUGGUCGUGGAUCGCUCCUAUGAACUCGCAGCGAUGCAAUGCAAGUGCGGCUGUACUGAAUGACAAAAUAUACAUCGCUGGUGCAAGUAAUGGUUACGAUUCAUUUAACUCGGUGGAAGUUUAUGACCCGGACACCAACCGAUGGACGUACGUCGCGCCAAUGCAUUCUGAACGUGCCGGCCAUUCUUGUAUCGUCUUCCGCGGCAGUUUGUACGUCCUAGGAGGACACAACAGAACAUCAUGCCAGCUCAGUACCGAAAAGUAUGACCCUGCAGAAGACACGUGGACCGAGAUCCGUGACAUGAACGUCCCAGGCACAAACUUCAACGCAGAAGUGAUCGACGACACGCUAUUUUUCAUUGGUGGUUGUUAUGACGGUGUCGAAAUUUACAAUGACGAAAAAAAGAAAUGGUUUGUUUCUUGGUUUGUUUCUUCAGGACUAUAUAAUCACAAACUCUUACUUUCUAAAAGCACUAGGAUGUGAAUCAUUUUCGGUCAACAUGACCGCGAUCUUGCGGGUGCUGCACCGUGUAGUGUCGUGGAAACUGACCGACGUUUCAGAGGUUCUAACUGCUUAUUCAGGGCAUUGAAUGCAGCACGCGGAAAAAGGUGUGAGAGAAGGGGGGUUGAAUGAAAACAG